AAGAGGCAAAACCACCUCCGGCUUCUCAUUCAUAAGCCUGCCCCUCUGCUGGAAGGAGCCAGACAGGGCAGGGAAGUCCAGUGCUCCACAUCUCCUCCGCUGCUCUUUCUCCAGACCAGGUGAAACGGCAAAACAUCAGAGCUCCGCUGAACAGCGAGAGAAGAUAUAUUUUAGGUUUAGGGCGCACAGAAUGGAAGCCUAAGCUACACCGCCAUCCCCCAUGACAUCCCGAAGACAUUAUUCGUUACCACGAACUCUGAUGACUCCUCGCUUGUAUUCCGAGGGGGCCCUGGGGGGCAUCGCCCAGAUCACCCCCUUCCUGUACCUCAGUAAGGGAAGCGUCGCCGCCAACCGACAGCUGCUGCUGGCCCGCGGGAUCACCUGCAUCGUCAACGCCACUAUCGAGCUCCCCAAUUACAACUUCCCUGAAUUUGAAUAUGUCAAAGUGCCUGUGGCUGACAUGCCCAGUGCCCCCAUCUCGCUGUACUUUGACAGCGUGGCCGACAAGAUCCAAAGUGUGGCACGGAAACAUGGGGUCACUUUGGUCCACUGCGCGGCUGGCGUGAGCCGUUCGGCCACCCUCUGUAUUGCGUACCUCAUGAAAUACCAGAACGUCUCCCUGAAUGAGGCCUACAACUGGGUGAAAUCGAGGAGGCCUGUCAUCCGUCCCAAUGUGGGAUUCUGGAGGCAACUUAUAGAUUAUGAACAAGAGCUGUUUGGGAGGAACACCGUGAAAAUGGUACAGACUCCCUACGGCAUGAUGCCAGAUGUUUACGUGAGGGAGAGAAGGUCCUUCGUGUCUUACUGGGGUGGGGUUUGAAGAGAAGGACGGGGAGAAGAGGAUGUGAUGUUCUGAGCCCAGAAGACUGGAGACCAUUUCCUUCUCUUCUCAUGAUCACCGUCGGCUCCUUCCCUACCAGACUCAGAACCUCGGAGGAGUUUUCAAAGCACUAAACCAGCAACCCCUGAAUUUGGGGGGCCUUAAACCCAAACCCUGUGGAGUUCACUUUACAGCAAGGUCUCCUUUGCAGAGAUGUACAGCCCCAAGGAACAUGCGCCUGCAAAACUGAUUUCAACAGCAUAAUUCAUGAAGCCAAGCACUUGAACUGGUGGAAAAUGUGACCCGAAAUAUUUUUUUGCAACACGGUGGAUUUUAUUUUUUUCUCUUUGGAUAUUAUUUUUUCUCUUCAUUGUAAUGCACAACUUGAUGAUUAAAAACUCUCACAGGCAGAACUGGAGAGCUACUCUUUCAUGUUGGAUUUUUAAAAAAAAUAUCAAUUCAUGAUUGAAACAGAAAAACACUAUGCUUAUUGCAAUCUUAAAUUAUGUAGAGACUAUUCCAGAAAGCUUUUCUGUCUCCUUCAGCUUUUUAGUUGGAGGGGGGGGAAAUGCUAACCAGACAAUCUGCCACAAAUAAAAUUAUUUAGACUACUAAACUGCCGUGUUCCUUUUCUCUCUUUGUGGAUCUUGACUGUUCAUCCAGCACAUUCAACAUUCCGACCACUGUUUUUGCACAUCUGUAUCACCGGCACUUAAAAAAACCCUGCACUGAAAAAUGUCA